AUGGCGACUUCCAAUUUCCCUUUCCAGGUGACAGAACACAUCAUUGAUGGGCAACACGUUCGCGAAUACCCACGGGCAACAGCAACUGAAGAUGCCCCCUUGAAGCUUCUUGUCAAGAAAUAUACUCCUCUUGAUAACCUAAGCCCCCAAUCUGGUGAUAUUACCCUUAUCGGAUUCCAUGGCACAGGAUUUCCUAAAGAGCUCUACGAGCCAUUGUGGGAAGAAAUUCUCACAAGAAGCAAGCAAGAUGGAUUCCGUAUUCGUGCCAUCUGGAUGGCAGAUAGUGUCCAUCAAAAUGCGAGUGGAGUUUUCAAUGAACAACACCUGGGAAACAGUCCAUCUUGGCUUGAUCAUUCCCGAGAUGUGCUUCACAUGAUCAAUCAUUUCCGCGAAGAGAUGCCUCGACCGCUCAUGGGCUUUGGGCACAGCUUGGGCGGAGUACAAGCAAUUUUCCUCUCAAUUAUGCAUCCUCGACUCUUUACGUCGCUAAUGCUUGCCGAGCCACACAUCACCGACGAGGACAAAGGCCUGCGCAAAGACCUCCUGCUAAUGACAAUCAAAGCCAAAGACAAAUGGAACUCGCGAGCGGAAGCUGCAACAAAAGCGCGCAAAAUAUUCCGAAUCUGGGACCCCCGUGUUCUUGAUCGCUGGGAGAAGUAUGGAUUGAGGGAUCUUCCUACUGCUAUUUACCCCGAGUCCAAGACGACCAACGAGGGACCCCCAGUAACCCAGACCACGACAAAACAUCAAACAGCUUUGAUGUACUACCGAGAGAACCUCAAGCGUCAUAAACACCUCGGUCUACCCGAUGGGGAAGAUGACAACGAGACAUACGGCCCAAGUCCAGUCCACGAUCCGCUCUUUGUACCUGAUAUGCUUGGCCCGCUAUACCGCGAGCAAAGACAUUACCGGGCAGAGCCACUACUGGCAGGGCACUUACUUCCAUAUUUGCGACCGUCUGUAUUCUACCUCAGCGCGGCAAAGUCCGAUUUGACCGUGAGUGGGCUGCAGGAAUGGGCUGCGAAGCGGACGGGAACUAGCUUUGGCGGAAGUGGCGGUAUGCAGAACGGCAGAGUAAAGCAUGUCGUUAUUGAGAAGACGUUCCAUACACUUCCAUUGGAGAAGGUUACCAAGACUGCUUCUGAGUUGGGGCCUUGGAUGGCGCAGGAGUUGCAGCGGUGGAAAGAUGAUGAGAAGCGCAUUGCUGAUGGAUGGGAAGGACUUUCUGUUAAGGAAAAGUCGACUUUAUCGCAUGAGUGGGUGAGUACGCUCGUUGAAGCAUCUAAUGCUAUUGAUGCUCGUGUGGAAAGGGGAUCAAAAUUGUGA